UUUUUAGUUCUUCCACCAAGCAAACUAUAGUCCUCCUCCCUCGUCCAACUUCAGCAACUAUACUACGCCACGACAAUGAAUUAGAAAAUGUCGACUUCUGCCGGGCUCUGAGCCAUCCAGCUCCUCUCACGAAUGGGAAUCCUCUGAGUGGGACAAACAAGGAUGGCAACUCUUUUGUUCGAGAGCAGGCACCAGAGAACAAAGACAAAGUUAUAGAAGACCGACUCUUACCCGCACCAGAACGACUCCUACCUGCACGACCAGAGGAACAGCAAAAACAACAAGGUGGUAUAAUGAAAGUUCUCGCGACAGGUGGUGAACAUCAAGCAGUUCCGCCUUCAGGUGAUGGAAACCAAGUGCCUCUUCCAGCCGGUGGCGGUCAACCACCAGCAACACAGGUGGAUGCUGGGAUGAACCAGAAUGAACCUGAAGAUGGCGAAAAUGCGGCUCCUCCACAAGAAGAAGAGCGAGUCUCAAUGAAAGUAUCGAAUUCCUCGGAGUUGGAACCUAUACGGAGUACCAAGUUGAGCGAGGAGGUGAGGAAAUGCCGAGGGAUAGCUCCAGAAAGGUGCCAGAGCGUCUUCAGACAGGCUAAGGCAUACUUCUCAGUCGAAGACUUCGAUUCCUGGCUUGAAGAUGCACAAAACCAACUGAGGCUUAGGGAGUACUUACAAUUUACUUGUUGAUGUAGAUGUUGUAGUCCCUCCGAUCGAUGUUGUUAAUGUUGUGCUUGUGGUCGAGUUCUUGUGUUGUUGUGGAUUCAUUUGCUGGUCGUUGAUGAUAUUUUCAAUUUGAUGGAGCAGGUUUUUUUCGUUUCGUUCUCACUCGUCUUGUUGUGCCUAGUGCUUGAAGUUAUAUUAUCUUUCUUCUUGUUUUCAGUUUAAUGAUCAUAAUUCUUACCUUCAUGCCUAGCUAUAUAUGAUCCAGGGCUCAGGGCGACGGUGCCCCUUUUUAAGGCGUCGGCCGGGGGUGGAAGGCCUCAAAAGGGGGCCAAGCGGCCUCCUCCGCUCCCUUCCAGCUGCCUGGGUGUUCCCUACAGGCCUCCGAUUUAAGUGGGAGGCCUCAAAAGGGGGCCAGGGGACCGCCUGCGUCCCCUUCCAGGUGCCUGCCUGUGCCUCUAAGUGCCUCCGAUAUGCUUCGCCGCCGCAGCAGUGCGCCGGCUGUGGAAGGCCUCCGAAGGCGGCAAAAGGUGAGGGGCUGGACCCCCUGAGCCGUGCGGCUUGUCCCCUCCGGGCCCUUGGUCAUCGGCUUGCUUGGUCUUGAGACCGUGGCCGCUUUCGGCGGCCCUUCACCCCGGACGCCUCCCGCCUGCGAGGGUCGGCAGAGGCCAGGAGGCCCCUGAGGGACACGCAGGGAGGCGCAAGGGGAGGCCCGCGCCAAGUUUUUCCGCCUUCCACCACCAGAAUCCUCGAAAAUCGGCGCGGAAAAGCGCGCGCGCGCGCCACCACAGACCACACCACAGGGGGGGCGCACUGUGCAGCCCUACAGCGUACAUAAGUAAAAACUUUCGCGCUACAAAGCAACUCUCCACUCAGGCACAGCCCUCCCUUGUUCUACUAUCUUGAAUAUGAUGAAAAUCUUUACCAGGUGGCUCCUGCAAUUCAACCGUAGUGACGCGCAUACUUCCUCUAAGGGAACGAAAGCUUUGCGCGAUUUCGUGAAAGUGCGGGUGAUGGCUAGGCGUCGCCAAUUAGACAACCAGGGCAUGUGCAGCUCCAAAGUGGUGGAAUACUUAAGGCGUGGUGGUGGUCCUUUUUUAGAGUCCCCCCUAGUAGUUAGUAGUAGUGUACCCCGUCUAGAGGUAUAAUUCAGAUUCCUCUUGGUUGUUGUGGGAGCGUGGUCCCUUAUUAUUCGAAAACUGAUCAAGAUCAUAGGGGAGCUGUAGCUAACUGAAGAAAUGAAAUUCAUCUUGGAGGUUGUUGAGAAGCAUAUUGGACGAGCCUUCGGCCUUCCUUAAGGAAGCAUCUUGAGAGGCAUCCUCACUUUUCUUUGACCUCUCCUUUUUUCUAUAAGGAAAGGGCGCAUCUUCUUGGGGCCUUUCCCUAAGGGAAAAGCACAUCACGAGGACAGAAACCCUCGAAUCUUCAUCUGCGACCAUGGCCGCCCCUUUAUUUCUCUAUAACGUAGGAAACAAAGGAAAGCAGUCCACCCAAGAUGACACCCAUUCAAGAUGCCAUCCAUCCAAAUCCAUAUCCAAGAUGAGUUAUUGUCUCUGGUUUGUGGUAGAAUUUCACACACACACUGUUGCCUCACAAGUAGUGCGUGCCAUACUGUAUUAAGUAGAACGCAACUACAAGUCUGUGCCAUUGGUAGUUUCUUUGGUGUAGUGGAAGUAAAACUUGGAGAAUUUUUCGAUUGUCAUCAUUAUAUGGCAUCAACAAGCUCCCAGCUCUAAAGUACGUCCUUCACCGAACAGAGAAGGCAUACGGAUCACAGUCGAUGGGGUUAUGGGCAGCCUACCUGGAUUCCAAAUCACAAAAAGUCGCCAUCUACGUGGACAACCAAAUUCAGUACUUACUAUCUGCAGCAAGAAUGGCAAUGAUAUGUGUGGUUUUUGCUUCGUCUUCCCGUCAGUAGAGUAAUCUCACCAUCCACGCGCAGGUAACUACUUACUUCUAGUGAUUUUUUUAUACAGUAAUAGUAAAAAUCGAAUAGCUUUUGAAUUUGAAUGAUUUGAUGAUAUCCAAGAAUUUUUGACUUUAUUCCAUUUCAUUCGAAUUCAUUUUCUGACGAAGAGACUGCAUCAGCAUCGUACUUGAGUCAGAAGCCACCACGCUUUGCCGUUGCCCUGAAAAAUAGACUGAUAGUAUUCGUGUCAUCCAAAAAUGUGGACAGUUCUCCAAUUUCUCUCGGAACACUUGGAAAAGUGGAAAUAUAGUCAAUAUGAUUUACUAACAAGAUGCAAAUGAAUCCAAGUACAAAAAAAAUCUAAAGAAAUAAUCUAUACUAGAGCAGUUCAUAGGGGUGUCGGAUUCAGGAUGGCAUGGAACAGAUGGACCUCCCAGGUCCGCUAAGAAUUUCAAGCCGAAGGCUUAGGUGUGUCCAUCCGAUCCAUCGACGUCCAUCCUACCUCCGUUCUAUGGAUUAUUAUAAUGUCUUUUACUUUCUCACUGUUCUUUCUCGUGUUUGUUUAUUUUACAACUUUGACCAACGAUAUUACCUAACCUAUCGAAAACACCUAACCCCAUCCACUCAAAAACUACAGGGAAGCAGAGAGCAUGCAUAAGUCAAAAUCGUUUACAAGUAAUGGGGACGCUUCUCCUAGCAAUGGCGCAAUAGGAGUAGGCAGUUCGGGAUCUAGAGCUGCUCUGCAUGAGAGAAUCUGUGCGAUUAAGGCGAGAGCUAACGCUACAGAUAGCGCACCAAGGACACUGGCGAGUGGAGGUAUGAUUACCUAUGUACUUUUUUGUUCAUACAGUAAGCAAAGGCGUCACCCUAUCCUAUCCUACGGAUCAGUUUUGGUCUUCUUGAAAAAGGUAAAGGUAUUAAAAUUACUAUAAAGGCUACAGCAUUAAUAUAAGAACGGACGUGUAUAUAUUGUUGUAGUUUUUUUGUUUUCUUGAAAUGGAUUAUAACCUGGAAUUGUUGAUCAUGUUCGAGCAAAUAGAACCUCGUAGGUACGAACGACCUAGAGUUUUGUAUUCCUCACUCCAAUUGAUACCUAGCUAGGUAGAGAAUAGGUAUUCUGAACAACUCAGGUCCAGUUAGCACUUUGACGCUGACCCAGGACGCCUUAGAGAAGCUGGGUAGGAGACCCGCGCCUGCACCACCGAAAGACGUGCAAAGGAAAAGAAGAAAAGACUAAGGCCUCACUUAAUACAUCUUCUAGCUCAUCUGGAGUCCGUUUUCAUGUAGAAAAGGGAAGACAGAUGAGGCAAAAGAUGGAUUGUAGUGAGUUCGAAAAAGAAGAGGAAGAUAGAGACCGAAGGCACAAGCCAGAUCAUGACGUUGAUCGGGAUAAUCUGAAGCGUACUAGUGCUGGAGCUGGUGGAGUCAACACAGCAUCUUCUUCAAAGGUAGUAGUAGAACCCAGAAAAGGUGGUACUGGUAGCCUUACCGCGCAGGAACUGUUAGGAGGAGAUCCCUCGCCAAAUAGGAAAGCAGCGACUACAGCUGGUGGGGCUUCAUCUAGUGCAGCUUUUGGUCAUCAUGCAGCUGCUCCAAGCACGACGACCACUACAACCAAGAAGCCAUCAAUUUUCACUACCACACCACAUGGGCUACCUCUUCCACCGCCUGCCUCGUCAAAUGAUAUGCCAGCAGUUUCUAUCUCUUCUAGCCCAAAACCUACUACAACUUCUACUACGACAACGACCAUGCAGCAUACGACUAGUACAGCAGCGACCACAGCUGCUCCAGUACAGCAUACUAGUGUCUCCAGUAGUACAGCAGCCUUAUUAGCAGACGACAACGAGGGCGACACGAGGGCUAAGUUAGUGGAAGAGGAUGCGGAUGGCAUGAUUAGUACUAAAAAGAAGAAAACAGCGACAGGCUAUGAAGAUGUGGACAUCGACUACGAUGAUUUGUGAAUGGAGUGGAGGAGCUGAAAGAUGUGAUGAAAAUUGUAGGAGGAAAUAAACGAGGAACCUCUGACAAGUACAACGAAGAGCUGAGAACAAUCUUGUUCUUGAAUAUUAUUUUUACGGCGCAUUGCGUUGAUUGUUGCAGAAUUGUUCUCAACAUAAUAGAAUAAUUUAUAGAACGGAUGUAGGAUAGACUUGGAUGGAUCGGAUGGACCCUCCUAAGCCUUCCGGUCCUACUUGAAAUGGUGGGAAGUCCAUCCGUUCCAUCCGAUUCCGAUCCAUCCCAUCCCGGAUCUGGCGCCCCUAUGAAUUAUUCUAACAUAAGUAUACGAAUGAUUCAACAUGAUCGAAAUCCACGACGUGAUCCUGUUAAGAGUACUAAUAUUUUUCAAAAAUAAGUAUAAGUAACGGAACUAAUUGCACAAUUUCGCCCCCUUACCUCAAGUAUAGGCACAUCAAUCAAUGACUGCUCUUCACCUUCGGCUUCUGAUCAGCAGAAGAUGUAGUUUCACUACUCAGACGUUGACGACCAAGAAAGACAAUCAUGUCGAAGAUGUUGUAGUUACCCUUGAAAAUUGAAUCUCAACAAGACCAAUAUUAGAACAAGAAUAGAGAAGAAUUGUAGUCUCGCAGAUAUAUUAUUGGCUGAGGGGGCCACCUUGUGCAAGUUGCUGUGAAAGUUCUUUCUUUGGAUUAUGAUUCUUUAGUCCUACAGCAUAGCAUCAACCGCGUGUUUCCAUAUUUUUUGGGUACUCUGAGAUACAUGGUUUCGGACGAUGUUUUCCUUUCCGACCGGUUCCUGAAAAUAGAAGAAAUGGCAGAUCAACCUCAAAUAGAUCUUCGACUUGUUGAUGUCUUCACAAGUUCAAUGCAGGAAAGAAUGUUGCUACUAGUGAUCCUAAAAAGUUUCGCAUUGCGACAAAUAUAGACCCAGGCCCCCC